UAAUUUAGGCAAGUAAAUAAUUUCACCAACCCAAAAAUCUUUCCUUCCCUACUUUAUGUUUGUUCAUGCAACGCAAACUGGAAUGAGUGGAAUCUUUAAUCUUUCAAUUCUCCCUUUCUUGGGGGAUAUUUUGCAUUAAAGUCAAGUGAAAAGAGUCGAUUAUGGCGGCUCGCUUUGGAAAUUUGUUACAUAGCUACUGCCCAAACCUUUAAAUUGCCUUCCGGAUGCACCUCAAAAUCAGCUUCAUUCUUUGUGUUUUCUAAUUUCUAGCUCACUCAAUUCAGCCAUGGAAGAACGGAGGAGUCCAGAAAGUUUUCAUCUACAACACAGUGAAAGUAAACUUUCGUCUAUCGUAGAAACGCGCUCAAGGAAUUCAGUGAAAGCAUUGAGAUCAAUUUCAACAAGCUUUACUGCUAGUUUUGAUAGGCUUACGAGUUUUGGAAACAUAAGAUUUGACCGAGAAGUUAGGAGUAAAGGUUUGGGAUAUCUUAAAUCUCUGGUUGAUAAAAACCCAGUAUUUCUUCAUUUGUGGAAUGAAAUACUUGUCAUGUUGUGUGUGAUUGCUACCUCAUUGGAUCCUUUGUUCUGUUACACCCUGUUGGUUGAUGAAGGCAAAGGAUGUGUUAGAUUUGACGACAAAAUGAGAAAAGUAGUUGUAAUUCUUCGCUCAAUCAUAGACUUCCUCUACAUAAUUCUCAUUGUCUGUCAUUUUCAUUUUGGAUAUUCCACAUUUUAUAAUGCAAAUCCUGAUGAAGCCGAUGAUGGUGUUUGGACAAGAGCUUGGAGAUUCUUUUUCUCUUACUUCACAGUUGACGUUCUUUCAGUUCUUCCACUCCCCCAGGUGGUGGUUUUAAUUCUCAUUCCAAGCUUAAGAGGAAAUGGAUUUAUAUACGCAGUGAGGUCAUUGAAAUAUAUUCUCAUCGUUCAAUAUUUGCCAAGGGUCUUUCGAAUCUACUCAUUCUUAAAGAAAGUUAGAUGGACUUCGAGCAUUCUCCCAGAAAGUGCCGGGGCUAAAGCUGUAUUCAAUCUCUUCCUUUAUAUGCUUGCAAGCCAUGUUAUUGGAGCGUUUUGGUACUUGUUCACUAUAGAGAGAAAAACAACUUGCUGGGAAGAAAACUACACAAAUUGGUCUCUAAACUGCAAUUACGUAGGCAACUUGAGUGUCGACACCAUUUGCUCUCCGAAAGCUGAAAAUGAUUCCAAUUCUUUUAAUUUUGGAAUAUUCAAAGACGCUCUUCCUAUUGUGGGAUCAAGAGAGAUCGUGAAGAAAUUUUCUCUCUGUUUUUGGUGGGGUCUGCAGAAAUUGAGUUCCUUGGGUCAAGAUCUCAAAACUAGUAACCAUUUGUGGGAAAUCUACUUUGCAGUCACCAUUACCAUUUCUGGCUUGGUAUUAUUUGCUCUUCUUGUUGGAAAUUUGCAGGUCAGUAAGCCUACUUCAAACUCGUCAACUAGGCGCGUUAGGCCCAGUUUUGCUUUGACAUAUCUGCAAUCAACCAUAGCAAGAUUGGAGGAAAUGAGAUUGAAGGGGCAAGAUAUCGAGUUGUGGAUGUCUUACCAUUCCCUCCCACCCAAGUUGAAGAAAAAGAUUAAAAAGUAUGAACGGUACAAGUGGCGAGAAACCAAAGGCGUUGACGUGGAGCAGGUUCUUCGUAAUCUUCCAAGAGAUCUAAGAAGAGACACCAAACGACAUCUAUGCUUGACUCCACUCUUAAGUGUUUCAAAGCUUCAAAACGUGGACGAUAAGCUUCUGGAUGCCAUAUGUGAUUAUCUAAAGCCAAUGCUGUACAUUGAGCGAAGCGUCAUUGUUCAAGAAGGAGAGCCACUGGAUGAAAUGGUGUUCAUAAUUCAAGGCAAAGUAAUGAUCUACUCAAAAAGAGACAGUGAAGCUGUAGAUAAUUCCUCAGAGUCAAGAUGGCUUACAAAAGGUGACUUUUAUGGAGAGGAUCUUCUAGAUUGGGCACUGCGAAAUCCUGCUUCAACCACUGUCCCCAUAUCGACCAAAACCAUCCGUGCGCACACGAAAGUUGAGGCGUUCGUCCUCAUGGCAAAUGAUUUAAAAACUGUGGUCUCGAAAUUCUGGUGGCUUUUCAGCAGAAACUCUCCUAGUUUGAAAGCAAUAUGGGCACCGUGGGCGGCUUUAGCUUUGCAGUUAGCAUGGCGGAGAUACCUAAAAAGCAAGAAUGAGAAGGAUGAGUGUAAGUCUCAGCUGGCUAUUGAGAGAAGGAAUGUUGUUCCGCAUUCAAGUACCCGACUUCUUAACUCUAACUUGGCUCGAGUCCUUCGUGUUCUUAAGCUAAAGGCCAAAAAAGCACAAGCAGCUGAAUCCAGCAGAGUCUGAGUAAUAAUGUAUUGUGUGCUUCUUAUUUAAUUGUGGAUUGCUUCCUCUGUAUAUUCAUUCCACUCUUUAGCUUCUCAUCAUGACUGUUUCACCGUUUCCAGGUUUUAACUGCCAAUAUUGGUCUCUCUAUGUUUUUACUUCUAAACCUUCCGCCUAAAGUUUACUCAAA